AUGAGAGCGCGCUUUCAAACACACCUACGGGACUUUACCAAAGGACCCGGAUGCUAGUAGAAUGGAUAAGGAAAUGACGUUACAAGAAUUUCUCGCUACGCCUGACGUUGAUUUGGGCGCAUUUCAGGCUAAGCUGAUAGGUAUUGGAGUGAAGAGAGUGCAACACCUAGAAGAUGCAGGAGACGAAGAUUUGGUUGGAAUUGGCCUGACGAGCAUCGAACUGCGCAGACUCAAAAGAUCUUAUGAAAAAUACAAAAAGGGAACGAAAAAGAAGAAAGACGGACCUAAAAAGAUAUUUUCCAAAGUGUUUGGAAAGAGUAAGAAGAAAGAUUCAAAAUCAGAUUUGAAAGAGGGACAGUUUGCUGAGGAGGAAGAACAUUUUGUUGACAUGGGGAGGGGGCAGCGUUACUCAUAUCCUAGGGAUAAAGCAGAUGCUCAUUUGCUCCCUUUGAGAACCAGCAAACAAAAUAUCACAACUGUGUGCCUUAUUGCAAUGGAUGAACUUGACAUUGCUGAGGAAAUUGGGAAGGGGGAGUUUGGAAGAGUGAACCGUGGAGUUUGGAGAAAGCAAGAUAUGGAGAUUCCUGUUGCUGUAAAAUGUUUGGAUGAGAGACGAAGCAAACAAGAGCAAGAUGCGUUUAUGAAGGAGGCAAAUGUGAUGCACCAGAUUCAGCAUGACAAUAUUAUUCGCCUUUAUGGCAUUGUGCUCUCUGAACCAUACAGACUGGUGACCGAGCUGGCACCUCUUGGUUGUCUAGUUGAUUUUCUGAGAGCUGUUCCUCGUAAAGUGUAUAUCUAUCAGCUGUGUGAAUUCUCAUGUCAGAUUGCAUGUGGCAUGGCUUAUCUUGAAGAAAAGAAGUACAUUCAUCGUGAUCUUGCAGCAAGGAACAUUCUGUUGACAAGCGAGGAUCAGGUGAAAAUUAGUGAUUUUGGGUUAACACGAGCAGCCAAUCAAGGUGAACAUACGUAUCUCAUGUCAAGAAAUUGUGUUCUUCCUAUUGCCUGGACUGCGCCUGAAGCACUGGACAAAAAAGAAUUUACAACAGCUUCAGAUGUCUGGAGUUUUGGGAUUACCUUGUGGGAAAUGUUUUCAUAUGGCGCUGAGCCAUAUGAUGAGAUGUCACCAGUACAGGUCUUCCGGUUUGUUCGACAGCCGAGCAAUGGUCGGUUGCAAAAGCCAAAUGAUUGCCCUUCUAAGGUAUGGCAGAUUGUCAGGAGAUGCUGGGAAGCCAAUCCUAUUGACAGACCCACUUUUCCACACAUUGAACGUCAUCUGAAAGCAUGCAUGCCCAUCAAAAUGCAAGUCAAACAGAGUUACAAUGGAAAAGCUGCAGGAGCAGAGAGAUUAUCAGUCUGGAAGAAUGAAAUAGUAACUGUGAUAGAGGAGGAUUCUUCUUGUUACUUUGGCCAGAACCAAGCAUUUGAAGUUGGUAUAUUUCCUAAAGAUUGUGUAGUCCAUCUAGGUGACACAACACAGGAAACAGCUGCAACCAUUGCUAACGAGAUACCCUUAGAUUCACAGCUGAAAAAGUUGUCUGUGACAUCACCAGAUAUUGGUCAGAAACCAUACAUGAGUAUGAGACCUGGUAGACAGCUUUGCACUCCAGAAGAAGAGUAUGUCCCAAUGAAACGUCAGAAUCCACAAACUUUUGACUCUCAUGACCACCAGGCUGAAGAAAGGGCAAUGAGAUUAGCUUUGGGUGAAAAUGUACCAGUAGAGCCGCCUCCAUUUCAACCAAUGGGGCAGGCUCGUCGCAUCCAAGUGCACCCAACCGAAAUUACUCAUCAACCUCAAGCAAGUCAUGUUCCACCAUUUACUGAUUUUUCACAGCAGCAUCAAGUUGCGUUGCUUGGAGAUACACUGAGCCAGCGAGUCUACCCAGCCGUGCCUACCAGAAGUCAAAUUGUACCUCAUCGUCCUGAAACAGAACAAUCGCAGAUUGCUAGACAUCCAGAGUUUGACUUGUACACAGAGAAUGGUGGCUAUGAGUGUGAUCGGACAAUGAACAAUCAGCCAGGGCAGCAUUCUCAUGCUCCUUCAUUAGACCACGACCACCACCCACAUCCUUUUGUGCAACUCCCAAAGGACAUUUCAUACAAUAGAGAAGAAUUAACAUCGCAAGAGAGGUCAAUUCUUAUGGAGAGACUUCGGAUUAAGUUGCCUGACGUUCAAGAUUCAGACAUCGAAUCCAAAUUGGUUGAAUGCAACUGGAAUGUUGAAGAGGCAUUUCAAAACGUUAGAGUCAUUCAGAUGCUUGAUCUUGGACUAGAGGGGAGCACUUAUGAGAAAUGUCAUCGUGCAUUGGAACAUUGCCAGUGGAAAAUUGAUCGAGCAGCUACCUGGCUCAUGGACUCUACCAUCUAACUGUACAAGCCAUGGUUAUACAACAUGGUGUUUAUAGUUAUAAUCAUAAGCUUGCAUUUUUACUUCUUGUUUGCUGCACCAGUUGGUUGUGUGAAUUUUGUAUGUAGACCUGUGCCAUGUGACACUUCCAUAGUGUUUAUAUCGGCUUGUCAUUAAUUAAAAACAAUUUCAACAUAAAAGAACAUGUACAACA